CACACCUCAGCAUAAUUUAGAAUGUGUUAACACUGUUUUCUAUAUUUCUCCUCGUAUUUGCGAAGAAGAAAAAUAUCAUCAAAGACUGAAUUUAAUCACAUUUCCAAUCAUGGACUGGGGAAACGAGAUUGAGUCAACGACAAAAAAGAAUUAUUUGCAGCAGCUGAUACCAAGAUUAGGGAGACGAGCGGGUCACAAUGUUAACCAGGAUGAUGGAAGAUUUGAAGAUGAGAUUUUAGAUAGUCCCAGCACAGGAGUGUCCUCCGCAGCCUCUGGGAAGACCAUUCAGAUACCUGUAGCACCCCCCAGAACCCGAAAAACUGGAUGGAGCGAUGAGUUGAAAAGUGCUAAGGGGAGAACGACCCAAAUUCUGGAGCAGGGAAAAUUUCGGAAAUCGAACAGGGAAGAAUCAAUAGAUGACAUACCAGUAAUCCCUGACGCAGAAGAAUUCCACGAGGAGAAUUUGAUUGAAGCCCCAUCUGCUCCCUCAGGGAUUAAUCGCAUCGCAGCCUAUCAGGAAUUGGAUACGGAUUUACUUAAAAACGCCUCGUUUGCAUUUUUGGAUGAUGUGAAUCUCUCUCUUCUGACGGAGAAGCUGUAUCCCGAAAAAAUAGUACAAGAGUCCGACGAAGUUUGGAAUUGGGAGUCGACAUUCAUUCAAGUGUCUUCAGAGCUGAACAGUGAAGCCCAGAAGAAGAGCGAAGCCUGAAUUACAUUUGUUGCAUUUAUUAUUUGAAUUUACUGACUCGUGGUUUGUUCGAUUCAC